UGGAUAGUGGUUGUUCCUCUCACAUGAGUUCCAACAAAAACAACUUCACUAACUUCAAAGAAAUAAGCAAAACACUUAGUUUGGCAAAUAGCGACACAGCGAAUAUCGCUGGCAUAGGCAACGUCAGGGUUGUUAUUAACGAAGAAGGGAAAGAAGCACCGAUAAAAUUCGAACAAGUUAUGUACGUGCCAGAUCUGAGAACAAAUUUACUUUCAGUCUCGAAGAUUACAGAAAAGGGAUUUGAGGUAAUAUUUAAGCGAGAUAAAGCACUUAUUAUAGAGAAAGUUCACAGCCGACAGCAAAUAUUUCUGAAGCGAAGCCUAUCAACCUUAACACCUGGCAUAUUCGUAUGGGUCACCUCAAUGAAACCGAUUUAAAACGUGCCGCAGGUAUGGUACAUGGUAUGAAUUUUGACAGCAAUGAAAAAUUAGCGACUUGUGAGAUUUGUGUUAGCCAAAAACAAACACAAGAGAGCUUUCCUAAGCAAAGUGAGCAGCGUACCACAGAACUGCUUGAAAUUGUGCACACUGAUGUCUGUGGGCCUAUGAGGGUUUGUUCACACUCAGGUGCGAAAUAUUUUGUGACAUUCACGGACGAUUUUUCUCGUUACAGUGAAGUUUAUUUUAUAAAACGAAAGUCCUACGUACUGCCAAUGUUUAAAAUUUUCAAAAAUUCUGCCGAAACAUUCACAGGAAAGAAAAUAAAGUUUCUCCAAUCAGACAACGGCUUAGAAUAUAUUAACGGCAACUUUCAAAAAUAUCUGGACGAUUGUGGAAUUAGGAGGCGGUUGAGUGCGCCUUAUACACCACAGCAAAACGGCAUCGCAGAACGAAAAAAUAGAACGCUUUUGGAAAUGUCUAGGUGCAUGUUGGCGCAGGCGAAUCUACCAGGGACAUUUUGGGCAGAAGCAAUUAACACAGCGAACUAUAUCAGAAAUAGGUGUCCAACUAAAGUUCUUAAAAGUGAGGUACCGUUAAAACUCUGGUCGGGGAAAACCCCCACAGUUGUUCAUUUCAGACCGUUCGGUGCUAAAUGUUACGUGUUGAUGAAAGGCAACCAAAGCGGUAAA